AAAAUCUCGACUGAACCUUGGGUUGUUUAUGUUCCCCAAAUGUGUAGUAAAUUAGACGUUCAAGUGAAAGUUUUCGAGCCUCGAUUAGUGCGACGGGAUUCUUUGAGAUACGGUUUUCAUUGAUUCGCAAAAGUUUGCAAGAAAUAAUGUGAUACUAUGGCGGCAGAUUGCAUUAAAAGUUCGAGUGACUUCAACUCGCUAGUAAGCGUCAAACCUACAGCUCGCUGAUUGCGUCGCGCAAGGAUAUACUGCAGCAUGGGCGCAUUCGUGUGCGUGAGAGUGGAGGCAUUCAUUUAAGAAAAACAACAAUCGCGCAUCAGACGCUAUUUGGUCUAAUCGGAGGAUAUAAAUAGGAAUUAGGGACUGAUUGGCGCGUUGAUUUGAAUGUGUUCAAAAUGAUUUGCCAUGUUAUGAAAUAAGUGAAAUUUCGAUGUUUAAUUAGCUCGUGCAUUGCCCCAGCGAUUAAUUUUAAUUUGAUGCGGGGUCUCAUAUUGCUGAAUCGUGUGGAGAUAAUGACAGCUUUCUAGUUACAAACUGUUGCAUUUUGCGUUCGACUGUGUGAGUGCUAAAUGUAACGAACGAGGGUGCGAGAUUCGUACGUAUAGUAGAAAGGAAUGCAGACUUUAGAGCACAGCAUCGCAUAGCAAAAUAAGUGAAUGAUCGGAGAUCACCUCGGGCGAAAGUACGGCAAGCUGAAGAACGCAAAAAUUGUGUGGUGAAAUGAAGUUUACAUCGCUACAGUUUCUCAGUCUUCAUCGAUUUUGAAGAAAACACUGAUUGAUUUUGAGAUUUUAGGUCACGUAUUGGAACGAUCUGAAAUAUGCACGGUCAUCGGAGAAGGAAGAAACGCCCGAAUUACGGCAUUCGGAUGGUGGAGGUUAAUCGGGGAAUGAACGGAUUUGGGUUCACUAUUUCGGGGCAGCAGCCAUGCAUACUUUCGUGCAUUGUGAACAAUUCUCCAGCAGACUUGGCGGGUCUGAGAGCAGGAGAUUUUUUGAUAUCGGUAAACGGUAUGAACGUUUCUAAGUGGCCCCAUGAGGCGGUUGUGCAACUCAUCGGAAAUACGUAUGGAGCGAUAAAGAUGGCCAUUGCUGAGAACUAUUACUCGGAUAGUUCGGACGAAGACAUUCUAUUUCAAGGAAGUCAGCAGCGAGCACGACCGAAGUAUCCGCAUUAUAAGACAAAAAUGAACCGAGCGGCAGCUGUGGGGAAGCAAUCGAAUGUUGGAGGUAAUGUUCCGGUAGAAGAUCUGGUAGGCACCUGUGAGGAAGGAACAGCGAUAGGAGAAAACGAAUCCCCCACGGCAUACAAUGUUAUACAUAGUCCCAAUGCUAACAACAGCUGUGAUAUAUCCAAUGUUAGUGCAAUGGUCCGUUCGGUGAAUUUUACCCAAUCGCACGAUGAACCACAAGCUGGUACAUCACAUACCCAUCAGGACCAGGAAAUUUCAUUGGAAUAUAAGGCCAUCGUUGGGUAUCUGGGAACUAUAGAAAUGCCCAAACAGAUUGCCACUAGCUCGAAGCUACAAACAGUGCGAAGUUGCAUCAGGAAAAUGCGCCAGGAGAAGCGAAACCCAACAACCGUUCUGAUGACUAUUCUUCCAUCCUGCUUGAAUCUUAUAAACACGAGCAAUGCUGUGAUUGCAAAGUAUUCUGCAGUUCGAUUGAACUACGUGAGUAGCAGUAGUGAGAGUGAUAAUCGUUAUUUUGGCCUGGUGACAUCUGCGAUUUACGCAGAUGGGCUCAUGUGUGAGAAUUCGGAUAUACUAAACCAACGAAAGGAUGUGAUCAUAUCAAACAGUUGCCAUGUUUUUGCCAUUGAUUCGAAACUGGUGGAGCAUUCUGUUCACCUGGAUAAGGCUGAUAUUUUUAAAAUCAUGUGCACAAAAGAUCCUAUCUCCAAUCUUUGCUUGGAAUUUCCCUGCAGUUCAGAGUAUAUAGUGAAUUUAAUCCGAAGCAUGUACAAUUUAAAAGCUCCUAUUAAACCCGAAUGUACCUCCUACGGCAAACCUCCCGUCGCUAGGAGCCUCAAUCUGGAACAAGCGAUGCGUGUUUGCCAUCGAGGAUUGAACGAUCCGCGGUUGAAUUCAAGAGCAAUGGAUGAUCCCCAUGAUCUGUUGAUUUCGAACUCUCCUCAACCCAGCAAUCACAGUGAGAUAACGACAACAUCCAGUAAUUCUGACUCAGGCAUUGGCUUCCAUAACGAUUGCCGCAACAUCGCCGACCGUAUCCUGGUGGUGGACUUUCCGGGAAUUCCAAAUCAGAUCAGCAAUGUUCGAGCUCACUUUAGGAAGUCCCAUCCGUUUGGACCCACGUCCUGCCGGCCAGUUGGCAUAAUAAAUGAAAUUCCCCCCAAGUUGGAUCCGAUUCGAAAUAUUCGCUCCACAAGUGGGCCACAUAUUUUCCACGGGAAAUCUAAAUCAGCAGAUUAUAACAUUCCCUCCACCUCCGGAUUGGACCGAUUGACCGUGAGGGCGCGUCCCGAUCCUAAAUCAUUCGUUUCUGACCGUUCGCCUAGCAAAGACAACGCGCUGAACAGCAUCAACGAUGCUCAAUGCUCAAUGAAAAACGAACAGGCAUACUCGGACUUACCACAGCUGGAUAGUUGGACCAUCGGCAAAGUUGUGGAUGAUCUAGGAAAUGUUGUCCAAGAACGCCCGGUCGAUGUGCCGAAGCUGGAGGAAUCUUUUCUGGAUCUGGAGCGAUACAACAGCGAAAAUGUAAAAAAUACUCUCUUGGUGGCACGAUCAUGCGACGACAUGAUAAUGUCCAUCGAAAAAGAGAGCUGCGAAUCGAAGAUUCAACUCUCGGUUGAUGACAUAAGUCUGAUGAUGAAAAAAUCUAGUGCUUCUGGGCAAGAGGAGCAUGUGUUCCUUCAACCCUCAAAACCGGUGAAACGUUCGAAGAAGGCUUGCUCGCAUAAAAUCAGCAAACAAAAUUGUGCCGCGGAUGACAUCUCGGUGGGGUCGAACCGAUCCUCGCAGAACGGUGGUGACAAACUGAUGUCGUACAAGCUCAGCCCGAAAGUGUUCGGUCUCGCGAGACCAAUUUCGAUGAGUUUUGAGAACAUUUCCACCUCGAUGAAUGAUAUCGAUACGGGAAAAGCUUCCAAGGAUGAUAAGGACGAGCACUCGGGCGAGAAGAGAAGCCGGUCAUCGAGGAGGCUGAGCGGUGGGUUCUCAGCAAUCUGGGGAAGCCUACAGGAGCUUAGGAUGGGACCGAAGCAUGAAGAUAGUGCAGUGUUGGUGGAGCAAAUUGAAAAAGAUACCAAGAAGAAGGAGAGGCGAUUGAGCAGUUUCAAGAUGCUGGAAGGGACCUACAGUGAACCGGAUCUUCGAUACGAUGAGAGCAAACCCAUCAACCAGAACGCGUCGCCAUUUCGGCGAUGGGGCCAAUCUUCGCUGCGAUCACGAUCGGGUGAACAACGUACGCCGGGUUCCUCUCACAGGAGGCCAUCAUCCUUGGCGGCAUCCGAAAGUGAUGUGUACACAAAAUCCAUCGACGAUGAUUACAGCUCGACGAAAAGUGGAUACAACCCAUAUAACACUGAAGCUGUUGGCGCGGUAGCGGCAAAUGCACCACAAACUUGCGCUACCAGCAGCUCUGCGAGUGGCGUCGCUCAACCGGGGGUGGUAUCGUGGGGCACAUCGUUUGAAAAACUACUGGAAGACACUGCUGGGUUGCAUACGUUUUCGGAAUUUCUCAAGAAAGAAUUCUCUGCUGAAAACAUUUACUUCUGGACGGCUUGCGAGCGAUAUCGGCAACUAGCCGAUCGGGAAGAACGAGCCAAAGAAGCACAGACUAUUUUCGCCAAACAUUUAGAUUCCGGCUGUAGCGAACCAGUGAACGUGGAUUCAAUCGCACGUAAUAUCGCCCAGGAGAAUCUGCCACAGGCAGAGCAAACUUUAUUCGCUGCAGCACAGAAACAAAUUUUCAACCUGAUGAAGUUUGACAGUUAUCAGCGCUUCAUCAAGUCCGAUAUGUACAGAACGUGUUUGGAUGCGGAAACAAAAGCUCUACCGUUGCCAUAUCCGGGAGAGCAGUUGGAUCCGAUGUUGCGAACCAACUAUGCGAUACAACCUCCAACGAAACUGAAGAAAUCGUUGAGUAAUGCUGAAGACAGGAGGAGAAAAUCGUUGCUGCCGUGGCAUCGCAAGACCCGCUGUAAAUCCAAGGAUCGCGCGGACGCGGAAAGCAAGAAAGAGAGUGGUAAAUCAUCGCUUUCCAACGGGGCUGGUACCGGGAGUAGUAGCAACACCCUGAAGGUACUUUCGACAAAUUCUACUAGUGAUAUUCAUAGCUCCAGAAGUUCCUUAGCCAGCUUUGAUGCUGCAAUCGGAGGAAAAGCGUAUGAUCAGGACGACACUCGAAAUACUCUGUGCCGUGUGAUAUUAUCGAACGGGGCCACCACGGUGGUCCAAACACGUGCCAACGAAACCAUCAAGGAGCUGGUUGAACGGUUACUGGAAAAACGAGGGAUUGUAUACAACGCGUACGAAGCGUUUCUCGCCGGUAAUCACAAACCGCUGGAUCUGGAUGGACCAUCCUCUAGUCUAACCGGAAGGGAGGUAAAUAUCGACCAACGGGUGGUAUUCAAGCUGAGUUUACCGAACAGAAAAAUGAUUUCGGUGAAAAGUAAAGCAACCAAACCCCUAGGGGAUGUUUUGAGGCCAAUUCUGCUCAAAUACAAUUACGAAUUGGAUCAAAUGAAUGUGUAUUCAAAAGAUGUUUACCUGGAUAUGACAUAUCCGGUAACAUGCGUAGAUGGUCUGUGGUUGCAGGUUCGCAACGGCAAUGAAAAUGAUUUCCACCAGGAUCUGGCCCGUACAAUUGCUUCCCGAUCAGAGAGGGCAUACGCUAAUCAGCCACCAUCACUACCUAUAAUCGCAACCUCCCAACAUCAGCAAAUCAUCAACCACUUCCAGCAACAGCUUCACUAUCAGCAGUCCCAAACCCAACCCAAUAGUCUUAUGUUGUCGUCAACCAACGGAAAUGUACCGUUAAACAGUAAAAAUAUAGCAAAAAUGCAACCGAUACCGUACGGAGGUCAUCCCCAUAACAAUCACAACAACAAUAAUCACCUAAAAAGCAAGGAGGAGUCAAAAGACGAAGCCAAGCAGGAACUGAAUAUGUUGGAUGAGAUCACUAAUAAAGUAUUCAACGAACUGAUGAACGGGAAAAUUGUCAACGGCAAAGUACCGGAGGAUUGCACCUCGGAUAGUUCUUCCACGCGUAGGGACCGCUUCCGGAGACGAGGAUCAAAUGCACCCUCGGAAAGUGGACGUGGAGCGAAAAGCAAGAAGUGCUCUACCGCAGGCUCGGAAGAUGGAAGCGAAAGUGUGAAUAAUGUUGGUAUGAAAAAGCCGAUCAUCGCGAAACUCAAGGCAGGAGUUAAGCUGCAAAUUCCGACGAGAUCGCAGAAUGAUGAACUUCUGGAAGGGCUGAAACGUGCGCAACGUUCUCGUCUCGAGGAUCAGCGCGGGACCGAGAUUAAUUUUGAACUGCCGGAUUUUCUAAAAGAUAAGGAAAAUUUUACCAGUGCCAGCAAUGGUAACUCUGCUACGGGAUCUUCCUCGACUGGCGGGGCGAUGCAACCGUCAAAGCUUAAUCGAAAACCCUGCAAACGGCCAGAUUAUAUAACCAGCUCUUCCGUUGACUUUCCCCUUGAAGUGGCUACAAACGGUGGAUCUCUUCAGCAGAUCAACAAACCUCAGCCGGCUCCGCGUUUGUCCAUUGCGGCUUCAAGAGGGGUCACCGCUGGCGACAGAGACAGUGUGGCUUCUCCCGGAGGACUCGUUCAUUCAGUGUCGUCCGAGAAUAAUCUGAAUAAUCUUUCGAUGAGAUGCAAUACGUCAUUGGACGAAAAUGUCAAUGGAUCCCAAUCGGAGAAUAGUUACGCAGACAACACUUUGGUCUUCACCCACACAUCUGCCGAUCCGAGUAUAUCAUCUGAAUCAUCGUCGUUAUCCCGUUCCAUACACCGUGAGCUUCCCAGUUAUCAACUAUCGAUCGCAUCCAGCCUGGGUCAUAAUUACGAACAAUCACAGCCGACAAUUGCAAAUCUUCAUUCCAAUAAUAUGAGUUGCAGUGAGCUUCUGGACAGUGAAUUACCUGCUUCCAAUAACUAUCACCAUCAUUCCUAUCACCACCAUCACCAUCAUCAUCACCCCCAGUUGCAUUCAAGUUCCGCCCAUCACCAUCAGUCGCAUCAUCAUCAUCCGUCGGCGAACAUUAGCAGUGGUAGUAGCACUUCUAGCAGCACCACUAGUGAUGCAGAUAACCAAAAGGGACCUCCUCCGCUUCCACCAAAGCCAAAAAUCCUACCUAUGAAGCCCUCCAACUGGGGUCAUUCCACAGCAAAUACCAGUGGCGGCAGCAGCAGCAACACUAUGAGCACGAGCCUUUGCAAUUUAUCCACCAGCUCAAGCGGGAAUGAGGUUAACACUAGUAGUCUUAACGGUGUAAGUGGUAGUAAUAGUAACAGUAAGGAGAGAAGAUUACCUGAACAGGUGGCUGAAGUUUCGGAGCAGCACCAACAACAGCCGCAGCAACGAACGAGAAGUGUAUAUUUGGAUCAUGCAAGUAGCAGCUUUGUAUAGAAAUAAGACCUAGGGAAAUUAUCAUUUUAGCGCUAGGUUUCAUAGAUUUUUUAUUCAGAAGUUCGCUUCUAAAGCGAUUUUUUCUUUCAGAGACUUUUUUAUAUGUGUAGUAUAUAUACCUUCUGCUUUUAUUUAUUCCUCUGUCGAAACACAUGUAUUAUUUUAAAUUUUUUCCUCCAUCAUCUAUUGUACAUAGAAAAACAUAUUUGCAACA